AAGUCAUUACCUGAAAAGGCAAACCGCAUCACACUUAUUAACGCCGCUCGGCUGAUUUCCGACUAGCCCUUCUUCUUCCUCUCUUCUUCUGCUUUUUAGUCCCCCUUUUUUUCUCCUUUUGUACUUUACUUUUUCUACUUAUUAAAAAAAAAGGGAAGAGCGCCCGCUAUUCAUACCAUGACUAGAUCUACUGCUAUCUCUGAAACGGUCGCUUUACAUAUCAACGACGAAGACGCCAAGCGGCAAAAUAUUCGAAUAAAAUCACAUCAAGUGUCAACACCGGUGAUGAAGCCUAAGCGAAAACGGAUCACGCCCGAACAGUUCCGAGUGCUGUCGGAUUUGUUUGAGAAAACUGAUACGCCUAAUUAUGAACUACGAGAAACCACCGCCAAGCAAUUAGACAUGACGAAUCGUGAAGUCCAGGUGUGGUUCCAGAAUCGUCGUGCUAAAGCCAACAAGUUGCGUCUUCAAGAGCAACAACAAAGACAAGCCAGUCAACAACAGCAACAACAACAACAAGUGCAGCCACAUCAACGUCAAGAAGUAUCAUCGCAUGAACGGGCAUUUCAAGAGCAAGCGCCGAUAAAACAUUCCAAACGACGAAGAGAACCGGUCUUUGUCUACCCUCAGUGGGUGCCUACGUGCUAUCCAUCGUAUCCAUCGCGUGACACAGACAAGCAUCGCUAUUUCAGUCAAUCGCCCCCUUCGCCUCCACCGGCCGAUGAACCUUCACCCUGCGACAGUGCAAGCAGUACCUCUUCGUCGUCGGUCAUCACGACCCCGAUUUCCUAUCCCUCCAUGAGCCCCAUCGAUAUCCUGGCCAUGGCAGCAGAAUACGUUCGAUGCUGUGAUGAAGAGCAGCAACAGCAAACAAAAAGACAACGAAAAAUCGAUGAAGACCUCGAUAAAAAGCCAACAAGUUGGAGACCCUGGUUAUAAUUACCAUUCUUUUUUUUUUCUGUUUGUUUUCUCAGUUGGCCGUGCUACUUUUUUUUUCUCCUCUCCCUCCCUCUCACUCACUCACUCACUCUCUCUCUCUCUCACCCUUUCUCUUUCUCUCUCUCUUUCUCUGUGCUACUCACUGUUUACCAAAUUGUACAUAACCCCACUUUCUUUCUGUUUCUUCGAUAUACCUCUAGGCACCAACUUGUUGUUUUCUUUCUCUGACCCGCUGUUUCGCAAAUAAAAAAAAAAGUAAUGCUAUGAAUAUAACCCGUACUGACUUAUUUUUUUUUCUUUUUCAAGCAUUUUCCUUUAGAGGCGAUAAGCGAAAAAAAAGAAACUCAGAACCGCCAUCCUCAAUGAACAAAAAAAAAAAAAAAGCCUGCUGCAUAAUGCAUAUAUAAUGCUUCAUUAUGCUCAUUGAAUGCACUUUACCCAGUCGAUCUGAACUGGAUUCGGUAUAGCUGCAGUUUCCCG